AUGUGGCCACCAGGGGACAGAAAGCCCUGCACUGUGAACGAGGCGCCCAGGAGGCCGUACCAGGGUGCACACUACUCCAAACCUUUCUCUUGGUCUUCUCAAAUUGCCCCUUCGUCCCCCACCCAACCUCAGCCUGACCCUCCUGCCCUCCCAGGCUCCCUGGAGAAUCGGGUGGCAGCACAACCCCAAGAAAGCAGUAAGAUGACUCCGGAUUCAGGUCCCCGGAGUGUGAGGCUGGAGGGACGAGAGACAGCUGGGCAGCCCCGCGGGGCUCUGCUCCCCUCACCGAACAGCAGCGGCCCUGGCCAGGGCUUCCAAGGCUACUGGCCCGAGAUCCCUGAGCGGUCCCCGUGCGUGGCUGGAGUGGUCCCUGUCAUCUACUACAGCGUCCUGCUGAGUCUGGGGCUACCUGUCAAUCUCCUGACUUCAGUGGCCCUGGCCCGCCUGGCCUCGAGGACGAGGAAACCCUCCUACUACUACCUGCUGGCACUCACCGCCUCGGACAUCGUCACGCAGGUGGUCAUCGUGUUCGUGGGCUUCCUCCUGCAGGGAGCUGUGUUGGCCCGGCAGGUGCCACAGGCUGUGGUUCGAACUGCCAACAUCCUGGAGUUUGCCGCCAACCACGCAUCAGUGUGGCUGGCAGUACUGCUCACACUGGACAGGUAUAGUGCACUGUGCCACCCGCUGCACCACCGUGCCACCUCGUCCCCGGGUCGCACACGCAGGGCCAUCGGCGUGGUGCUCAGCGCCGCACUGCUCACUGGCAUCCCCUUCUACUGGUGGCUGGACGUGUGGCGAGAUGCGGACCCCCCAAGCACACUGGAUGAGGUGCUCAAAUGGGCCCACUGCCUCACUGUCUACUUCGUCCCCUGUGCCAUCUUUCUGGUCACCAACUCGGCCAUUGUGUGGCGGCUGCAUCACCGUAGGCGGCUCCAACCCGGUGUGGGCCGGAGUACUGCCAUCCUGCUGGGUGUCACCACGCUGUUCACCCUCCUCUGGGCACCCCGCAUUAUUGUCAUGCUUUACCACCUGUACGUGGCCCCCGUGCACCGGGACUGGAGGGUCCAUUUGGCCCUGGACGUGGCCAACAUGGUGGCCAUGCUCAACACCGCCGUCAACUUUGGCCUCUACUGCUUGGUCAGCAAGACUUUCCGGGCUGCUGUGCGUGGUGUCAUCCGCGAUGCCCACUUGCCCUGUGCCCUGGGCGCAAGGUCAGAUAGCACGGGGGCGGCACCUGUGCUGAAGCCUCCAGAGUCCCCACAGAGGGCAGGGUUGUAGAGCCAAGGGGGGCUUCGAAGAGGUUCCUGGCUGCAGGGUAAGGCAUCCCUAUGGUUGUGCCCUUUGCAAUGGGGAUGGGAGGGAGGGAGGAAGGUUUCCAGGGAGAAGAGAGGGCAGG